AUGCCCUUUGGUGUACCGGAAUCUGUCAUCACGGAAAAUGGUGCCAAUUUAAACAGUUAUUUGAUGAAGGACAUUUGCGAACGAUUCUGGAUAACACACAGAAACUCUACCGCAUACCGACCACAGAUGAAUGGAGCCGUAGAGGCUGCCAACAAGAACAUUAACAGAAUCCUGAGAAAGAUUAUCGAAAACUACCAGGAUUGGCACGAGCAGCUGCCUUAUGCUUUGUUGGGGUACCGAACGAAAACCCGCACUUCCACCGGGGCAACUCCCUAUCUCCUUGUCUGUGGUACAGAAGCGGUCAUACCCGCAGAAAUGGAGAUCCCCUCGCUCCGGAUCAUCCAAGAGGCAGAGCUGCAAGAUGCAGAGUGGGUUAAGAAUAGUUACAAGCAGCUGACUAUGAUAGAAGAGAAGAGAAUGGUGGCAGUAUGUCACGGACAACUAUACAGACAAAGGAUGUCUCGAGCCUUCAACAAGCGGGUUAGAACCCAACUUUUCCAGAUCGGACAACUCGUGCUCAAGCGAGUAGUUCCCCACCAAGAAGAAUAUAAGGGAAAAUUCGCGCCAAACUGGCAAGGGCCAUACAUGGUCAGAAAAGUACUCUCGGGAGGAGCCGCAGUCCUAGCUGAGAUGGACGGGCAGGAGUGGCCCAAGGCUAUCAACGCCGAUGCGCUCAAGAGAUACUACGUUUAG